UCAAGAUCCCAACCUUUCAAUUUAAUCACCUGAGGAUACGGUACGAGUACAGUUACGGAGCAAACACUCGACUGGCCCAUACAUUCUUUCACCACUCAGCGCACCUAAUUUCUGCUGAUCACAAACCUAAAUCAUAUUCACUCUCUCUGUACCAAUUACGCCAACCGAGUAAAAUAAUAAACUAGACGUCCGAGAUACCAACCCGGCGAAGUCUAAUAAAUAUCUGCCUUGGCACCUCACAAUCGUCCGAGGUGAUUUGAGUACAACCAAUUCCACCACGAACGUGUGUACUUCAGGGGGGAACUUGGCGAAGCAGUAGGCGAGCAACACUACAGCUCCUCCAUACUAUCGUUGAGACACGAUACCCAAAUACCGAGACAAUAGCCCAUAAAAACACGAGUCAACUGCGCCAACUUAGUCACGAUGGGCUUGUUCGAUAAGAUCCAGGCCAAGCUUGAGCUAUACCGGCUGGAACAGCGUUAUACGCGCAACCGAAACCGACGCACCACAUUCAUCAGCGGCGCCGUCUACGUCGACGGCGAAUACGUCUACCAAACACCCAGCAGCACGGGUUCCUCACAAAACUCAUCCGUCUCGUCGCCAAACGCAGACCGCAGCCGUAGCCGCCGCAGCGUAGACGAGCCCAGGUCGCCGUCGUAUGCCGUAGAGCCUCAGACGCCCGCCCAGAAGAAGAAGCUCAACAGAUUCUCCUCCAUGCCCGGGUUUGGCUCGCUUUCCAAGGCCAGCGCUCAGGACUGGAGGACGAAUACCGUCGAUGUUCAAGAGGUGCGAUGAUAGCCGACGAGGUUUGGAGGAGGAUUGAGACACGGUUGUAAAGAGCAACGAGCAUGACUUGUUUGGAUAUAUAUUACGUGUUACCUUUUUAGGCGAUACAAAGACGGCGCUUGACCCGCAACACCAUGCGUGGCCACAUGUUUUGGUUACAACAGCGAUAACGCUGCAAUGCAGGGGGUUUUUUAUUUUAUUUUUUUAUUGGAGGGGGAAGACCUCGGGGUCGUUCUACUAGACGCGGCGCAUUGGACUCGCAACAAACACGCGAUCAGGCUCACGCUCAUCACACGGCUUUAGUGGGGGUUAUAGUUUCUACUGCGUAUA